GUUCAGCGUCACACAGGCGCUGCUCCGCUGGGUCACCGGACGCCUUUUCCGCUUGCUGGGGAUCCGCGGGACGAGCGAGCGAGCCAAAGCCAUCUGAACGCGGAGCUCCUAUAAAUAGCGCGCGGGUGCCCUCUCGGAGCUGUCCCUCCCGGCUGCACUGCGCGCCGAGACACAAAGUUGUGCGCAGGGACGCGGGAACCCAGGGUAGUCUGCGCCUGCACCUUAGGACUGCUUUGGGCGAGGGGCGCUCAGUUGAGUCACCUACCUGCGUCGGAGUGACACCGGGCUUUGGGGGAAUUUUUGGCCAAGCGCAAGCGGGAAUCGCUAGAAUCCUGGCCAUGAACACAACCUGGCGUUUUUCUCAUCUCCGGAAACACCUCCUGCCUCUGUAAUUUGUUCCUGCGCCAGCCAGAGUCCCUUGGACAGGACCGACACCAGCACCUGCCACCCUGGCGUUUACUAGCUGAGUCUCCUCUGUGUCUUCGGCUCCGUACUUCUUCGCCUGGGAAUACUUGGGUUUGGGGUGAGAAUUUAUUUUAUUCCUUUGACUCGUGACAGCGAGCGUCAGCAGACUUUUUAGAUGUCAAUGGACAAGUGUGGGUUCAGUGGCCCUAGGCAAAACUGAUUUUGGGGUGGAGGAGGUUAGGGUCGGGAGUUCUGCAUGAGCUCCUUAAAGGACAAAGGUAGCAGAGCCAGCCAGCCAGCUCGAAGGGAGACUUCAGCCCAGAGAAUUGGUGGAAGUGCGCGCGCCGCCGCCGCCGCCGCCGCUCCUGCAGCAUUGUCGAUCUAGCCACUGGCAUCUUCCCGAGCUCCGGGAUCCCGGCGUAGCAGGCGCCGCCCGGGAGCAGAAGCGCCUGGCUGCCGCUAGCGCACGCGGCUCUCACCAUGGGCUCCGCGCGCCGGGAGCUGUCCGUGGUACCGGCUGUUCUGCUGAUUCUCGCGCUGCCGCUGCCUGUCUGGGCACAGAAUGACACCGAACCAAUCGUGCUGGAGGGCAAGUGUCUGGUGGUGUGCGACUCGAACCCAGCCACAGACUCGAAGGGAUCAUCUUCUUCCCCUUUGGGGAUAUCAGUCCGGGCAGCAAACUCCAAGGUGGCCUUUUCGGCGGUUCGGAGCACCAACCACGAGCCAUCUGAGAUGAGCAACAAGACACGCAUCAUUUACUUUGAUCAGAUCCUGGUUAACGUGGGUAAUUUUUUCACUUUGGAGUCUGUCUUUGUGGCACCGAGGAAAGGAAUCUAUAGUUUCAGUUUUCACGUAAUUAAAGUCUACCAGAGCCAAACAAUCCAGGUUAACUUGAUGUUAAACGGAAAACCAGUCAUCUCUGCAUUUGCUGGGGAUAAGGACGUGACCCGCGAAGCUGCCACUAAUGGAGUGCUACUCUAUCUGGACAAGGAAGAUAAGGUCUACCUAAAACUGGAGAAAGGUAACUUGCUUGGUGGCUGGCAGUAUUCCACGUUUUCUGGCUUCCUGGUGUUUCCUCUAUAGAAGCUGACUUCUCCGUGACGCCCGCCCAUGAGUGAGGGCUCCCACCCCCCGAUAAUCGGAAGAACUGCUCUCACCCUUGGAUUGAUGUCUCUUAUUGUUUAGUUUAUGGGUGACUAUGGAUUCUCUUUGAGGUUUCUAGACCUGUCUGGACAAACACAAAGUUUCACAGGUUAUUUUCGUGUGUGCCAGUUUCCUUAUAUGUGGAUCGGGACUCCAAAGCGGAAAAUCCCUAAAUCUGCUUACAUGUUAACGGCCACAGCCAUUGUUCUGUUUAGUUUCCUGCUAUUGCUAUAUUGGUUGCAGAUGUGGGGUUUCUUUGUUUCUGAAAGGCUGGCUAGUGGGUCCGAGAGUUAGAAAACUUGGAAGUUCUGACUUUAGUGGUUACUGUGGGACUGCCAAAGACGUGUAAACACAUGUGGAUACGUUGAUUAUGCUUUUUUUUUUAAAAAAUUAUAAUUACUUUGGAAUUAGUUUUUUUUUGUUUUGUUUUGUUUGUUUUCUUAAGAUAUCUGGGAUUGUAUUUUAGUGACUGGCCUUGUGUUUUCUCUGCCCAUAAGGUAACAAAUGUCUUGCCUCAAAUGUCCCUUAACUCUGAGCUCACCCACAUGACCCCCCUCCUGCCCCGUAAAAUGAAUGCUCCAUAGUUGUAUUUUAAUUAUAUAUGUGAAAGAGUCAUAUUUUCCAAAUUCUAUUUUCUAAUAGGAAAAAUAGAUCAUAAUCAGACAAAGAAAAAGUUACUUACCCCAAUUUUAAGCGUUCAGUCCCAAACCUUGGCAAAAUAGCCCUCCUUGGUGGAAAAUCUUAUACUUUAUUGCUCAAUUUUAAUUAACGUGAUUGAUAAUAACCACUUUAUUAAAACCAUAAGGGAUUAUUUUCCCUUCACCAUGACCACUUAAUUAAGUGGAGAUGGUAUGCCCUUGUUUUUAAUUAUAUCUAUUUUUCAAAUCUCCUGUUAUGUUUGAAAUAUCAUCUGGUUUUGCCUUAAUUCCUUAACUUGUAUAUAUUUAUCUGUUCAGCUAAUAUUAAAUCCAGAUACUCCAUAACAAAAUUUAGUGAAUAUCUUAUUUUGUCUUUUGUAUAGGUCAUAUGAAUUCAUA